AUGCGUGCGCACUAUAUUGCUCUAGACCUGGUUGAACGGUCCACUAGAACAUACAGACAGGCCUUGCUUGAGACCUGGGAAGAAAUGUGUCCAAACAGACCUUCGUAUGCUCAGUUAUUGUCAAACAGAGUGAGAUGGAUGCUGAAGGGCGAAAAACUAUCUCGUGCUGAAAUGGAAAACAUCAGAGUUAGCUGCUAUCCACUUGAAACACCACAAGAACAGUGCUCUCAAGCAGAAGGAAAUAAUAGUCGUAGAUCACUGCUGAGAGUAAGGCACAGCGGGCUUUUCGUGAGAAAUGAACAGACUGAGAUGAUCGAACAACAAUUUUUUCAGAAUCUCAUGAAAUUUUCGGGUAUAAAUCCCGAGAGUAGACCGAAAAUACCACGGCUGCAGCACUCAAAACAGGUUUUGGAGACGGUUAAAUGUCUCAAUUCAGUGCUUUCUGGACAUCUGGAAAAUGUUGACACACUCAUUGGGCUGGUGGAUAUUGUGUAUGCCGGAGCUGCUACAAUAUGUGAAAUGCAUGGAGAGAGAUUGGGUGAACGCAAGGCUAGAAGACUGGCUGCUCCUCCUCCUUGGAAGAGACGUCUAGAAGAAAAAAUUGUUACAUUGAGGAAGAAAAUAGGAAAACUCCAUACUUACCUGAAAUCACCAAAUCCAUCAAGCAGGAUCAUCAAAGCUGCCAGAAAAACGGCUUCCGAGUUCAAGAUCAAACGGAAGGACCCAAAUUACCAAGAAAAAAUCUCAGUGCUCUGCGAUCAUCUGAAACAAAAGAUAAAAGCAUUAGGCAGUCGCAUUCACCGGUACAAUGAGAGAGUUAAAAGACACAAGAAUAAUAAGAUGUUUUUUCAAAAUCAGAAAAAUUUUUUCAGAGACCUCGAGGAAAAUAGUACCGGGAAAAGUAGCCAACUUCAACUUAAGUCAGCUGAAAAGUUUUGGAAUGAAGUGUGGUCUAAGAAAACCACAUACGACGAGAAUAUUCCUUGGAUACAAGAAGCUACAUCCAAAAUGCCGGUAGUCAAAAUGGAUGAAAUUUACAUCACGGGAUCUGAUGUUGCAGACGUCUUGAAAGGAUCCAAUAACUGGGCAACCCCAGGUUGCGACAACCUGCACAAUUAUUGGUGGAAGCACUUCACCAAUGUCCACGAAGCUCUGUCAAUACUACUAAGAAGAUCUUUAUCAGAUCCCAACCUAAUUCCAAACUUCUUUACUCAGGGCCAAACAUAUUUAAUUCCGAAGGGUGGAGAUCCUACAAACCCUCAAAAUUACCGCCCAAUUACAUGUCUCCCUACACUGUAUAAAAUAUUGACAGCUAUUAUCACGAAACACGUAAACAAACACCUACGAACACACAAUCUCAUGGCUCCAGAACAGGGUGGUGGGCGAAUUAAAACAAAAGGCUCCAAGGAGCUCCUGGUUAUUGACUACAUAAUCACUAAACAGGCACGUAAGAAACUGAGGAAUAUCUCAGUCGCGUGGGUAGACUAUCACAAAGCGUUUGACUCAGUACCUCACUCCUGGCUGCUAAGGGUUCUCGAAAUUCAUGGCAUCGAUAAGGGAAUCAUCAAUCUCUUGGACUUCCUAAUGUGUACCUGGAGAACCUCCCUCUCUGUCCGUGUUGGAGAUGAGAUAAAAAAGUCGAACAAUAUCGAGAUAAAUCGAGGUGUUUUUCAGGGCGAUACUCUCAGUGCUGUCUGGUUCUGUAUGGCGCUCAAUCCUCUGAGCAUGCUACUCAAGAACACAAAAUAUGGAUACAUCAUUGACAAGCCUAGACAAAUCCGAGUUAAUCAUAGUUUGUAUAUAGAUGAUCUCAAAUUAUAUGGAGCCAACUCUGAUCAGCUGAGAAGACUUCUGGAAAUAGUCUCUCAGUUCAGUGACUCUAUCGGGAUGAGUUUUGGGAUUGAAAAGUGUGCGACCCUGGACGUGAUACGCGGAAAAAUCCAAAACGAAAGGCUUGCAACGACGUUGAUGAAUCAGACAUUCAUACCAUCUUUGGGCGUAGGAGAUUCAUACAAAAUAACAAUCCUUCUGAAGUCGAAAUUAAAUGCUCGAUCACUUUUUACUGCCAUUAAUAUCUGGGCAAUGCCCACAAUAACCUACUCAUUUGGGAUUUUGACUUGGUCGACAACGGAACUGAAGGAAAUGGAUAGAGCGAUAAGAUCCCUACUGACACAAUCUGGAGUACACCAUCCCCACUCAUCGGUGAUCCGCCUGUACCUGCCACGCCAUCAAGGGGGCCGGGGCUUGCUCAGCUUGGAGGAUGUCCACAAGGAAAAUAUAAAAUCAUUACGGAAGUAUUUCCUUCAAAGAAACUCACCAUUUUUGCGGGCAAUCGGCGAAGCGGACCAACAUCUGUCGGCUCUAAGACUCUCAGAACCAGACGUUCAAUGUUCUGAUCGAUCAAUGGAGCAGCUUAUUGAAGAAUGGAAUGCUAAAGCAUUACAUGGAAGAUAUCCUGGAUGCCUGAAAAAAGAGGAGGUUAAUAGGGUGGAGUCAUUGACUUACCUGAGAGCCGGAUACUUGUAUCCAGAAACCGAAGGUAGGCUCCUGGCAAUACAGGAUCAGGUAAUGCCAACCAGGAUGUACCAGAAACACAUCGCUAAGCUGGACAUUCCCUCCGACCGCUGUCGCAAAUGUCUCCGGGCUCCUGAAACGAUACAACAUAUAACAUCUUCCUGUCCCAUCUUGGCAUCAAGAGAGUAUCUUGAGAGACAUAAUUCCAUGGCAAGAAUCUACCAUCAGAAGAUAGCACUGAAUUUGGGUUUGCUCCGGGAUGAAACCCCGAACCAUCUAUAUGCCCCGAAAACUCUGAUGGAAAAUGCGAGAUAUAAACUCUACUGGGACUCUGCAUUAGUAACGGACAGAAGUGUGAUGCAUAAUAGACCCGACAUCACACUUUUCGACAAUCAAAGAAAAACGUGUAUGUUGUUGGAGUUCACAAUCCCGGCAGAUGACAACAUUACAAGAGCAUACACUGAGAAAAUUACGAAGUACGGUGAUCUGGCAUUUCAGCUAAAGGAGAUGUAUGACCUGAAAAAAAUAAGUAUUCUUCCAUUAAUAAUAUCAACUAAUGGAAUGGUGGAAGCGCACUUACCUGAGAACACAAAACGAUUGUGUCUGCAACCUGAUGUUGUCUCUACCUCCCAGAAGCAGGUCAUCUUAAGUACAACCCGAAUUGUUAGGAAGUUUCUGCAAGGUUUUUGA